AUGAAGCGCGAUGCUAAUUGUGUAACUCAAAAUAGUGGAGUCACUCUAACGGCCAUGACACAUAGCUUUGCAAGUUCCAAAGAUCAAAAUCCUAUUGAGGCUAAUGUCAAUUAUUAUGGUUCAAUAACAGACAUUAUUUCAAUAUCUUACCAUGGCUACUUCUGUGUCGUCUUAUUUAAGUGUGUGUGGUUUCACUCUGAAAAAGACGAUGAUGAGCUUAUCUUAAUAGAGAUGGUUGGCGUUAUGCUGUUCAAAUCCCUCCUAGAGAGCUUUCUGAUGAUGAAGGGGAGUAAAGCAAAAGCUUCUGAUUCCCAAAGUCAGCUUCCAGACUAUGAGUUACAAAGGCUCAGAAAAUUGAAGUAUAAUGCUGAAAGAAUGUCAGCCCAAGGAUCGGGAUCCUUGGCGAAUAAGAUACUGCAACAAAAAACACGCGACAUACUUUGUUCGAGUGUGAGGCAUACAGAUGAUGGCUCCUCAGGAGACUUUGAUAUGGAACAGGAAACUCUUGGUAGUGGAAAAAGACAAGUAUGUGAAAAGGUCUCUUCUCAACAACAUCCAGUUCCUACACGGGAAAUUCAAAGGAAGCAGCAAGAACAGCAAUUGGGGUCAACAAAGGCAUUUGUGAAGAAAAGAGCUUCUGUUCUCUUGGCUCAAUGUCAGCCUACCUCGAGUUUCGGAAACGACAAAAAGAUGAAGCGCUGAUGAUGAGCAGUGAGGUGCAUGAAAAAGGGCAAAAUUAUGAUGAUAAGCAGCUGAAUGAGACCGAUGAUGCUCUUCAGUUCAAUUGUGAGGGCAAUGAUGAGGGCAAUGAAGCAGCGGACCGAGCAGUUAUAGCACAGUUUGGAAUGGAAGAAACAUCAAGUGAAUUGUCCUCGAAAAG